AUGGAUUCUGGAUCCAACUCCAGGACUCCUGUCACACCCACAGGGGUUGAUCCAUCCAAACCUAUUGAGCCUCAAGCUGAUAGCUUGGUUACUCCACUUCCAGUAGUUGACAGUAGUGAAGAAGAAGAAGAAGAAGAAAAAGAAGAAGAAGAAGAAGAAGAAAAAGAAGAAGAAGAAAAAGAAGAAGAAAAAGAAGAAGAAGGUAAUACUGACACUACACUUGAAGAUAAUGAGGACCACCUCCAGACUGAAAUGACUACUGAAUGCUGUGCCAAUGACUCAAGACAAGAUAUUUAUGUGGAUCAGAGAGGCACUUGGUCACUUUUAUGUCAAUCUUUGGAUGAGUGGCAAAAUCUAGCCGAAAGCUUUAAGAGCAGCAAGUCUUCCAAAGAAAGAAAAUUAUGCAAAAUUCUCACUGAGAAUUUCAUUCCUGAGAUUGGCAAUCUUUUGAUUCAAAAGGAAAAGAUGCAGAAGAAGAAGCUAUCACAAGUAAUACCUAAAAGAACAUCUUUUAGAAUCCAGAUGAAACGAAUUAUUCAGGAAGAACUGGAAAGACAAGAACUGAUUGCAUUGAUUCAAGAACAAGAAGAAAGGUUAGCAAACAUUCCUCCAUCUCCUCCUUCUCCUUCUUCUUCUUCUUCUCCUUCUCCUCCUCCAAAGCAGCAGCACAUAAUUACAAGAGAAGACGUAAAACGAUUUGAAGAGGAACAACGAACAUAUGCUAGGGAAGAAAGAGAAAGACGACACCGGUUGAGAGAAGAGCGAGCCGUAUUACGGUCGCAAGGAAUUCUUGAUUCCCCAGAUGCUGCUAGGAAGAAGCAGAAGAUCAAAAAGAAGAUUGCAUUGUUAUACUUGGAUGAAGACAAGUAUGUUUUAAUGCAAAAAGUUUUAACAGAAGUAAAAAAUCACAAGGAUUCAUGGCCGUUUCUGGAGCCUGUUGAUGAAGCUUUUGCACCAGGAUAUUAUUCCAUUAUACAGGAAGCCAUGGAUCUUACAACCAUUGAAAAGAAAAUGUGUGAGAAACAGUACAAUACACGAGAGGAAUUUGUAGCAGAUUUUGUUCUGAUGUUUAAGAACUGCAAGACGUAUAAUGGGAAGAAGAAUGAAUAUACAACAAUGGCAAGGGCUCUGGAAAAGUGCUUCACCAAAUCAAUGAAUAAACAUUUCCCUUGGAAGGAAGUAAUAGAUGAAGAAGAGCUUACAAAUGGGAUGUUCAGUGAUGAGAAAGACAUACAGAAAGUUGAAUCAGAUCAGGUUGUUGGCUUUGAUGCUGUUAGAAAUGCUGGUAAUAAAACUUUGGAAACCAGACUGGAUGUUUUGAGGUAUGGUUCUUCAGAUGAAGACACGAAAGAAGAGGCUGAUGACACAAAUGAAACUGGCAGUAGAAGUGAAUCAAGUGAUGACCUAAGGUUGCAGACUAUAAAGCAGGAUGUAUUUCCAAGCCCAGGUGUAAGUCCACAUUCUGAGUGUACAGAAUUAUCCAAAGUGGAGAUGCAAACUCGCAUGGAACCACUCCAAAAGCGAAUCCAGCAGCAGUACAAACUGCAGCAGGAAGUGUGCGAACCACAGAAGUCUCUCAAUCAUCCAAUUAAUGGACUGUACUCCCUAGCGUAUCCAGCUGUAACAUUUGCACCUUGUGUAGGCCAAGGAUUGAGACCUUUAAAACCAAACAGGCCUGCUUCUGUGUACUUUGAAGCACAACAGCAAAAAGGACACCAGCCAUGUCUAAAUCCUGACUCAUCUUCUUCAGAAUCAGCACAUCAUAGAAAACCUCCUCCAAAUCCAAAUGCACAGAAACUUCUGUUGUCAAAAGACCUGAACAUCAAAGACUUCAAUCAUGUUGAACGACAUGGUCUUCGUACAGAAAAGCCAUUCAAUUGUCAGUCUGAUUCUAAGCAAAGAGUAUCUGUGGGAAAUUCUUAUGCUGUGUUACCACAUGAAAUAUCACUGAAAUAUUCCAACUCAAAUAUAUGUCAGAAUAUGAGCACAUCUGUAAACAAUGCUAUAGUGCAAGAACAUCGGACUAGCAGUGUUCCGCAAACAUCUGUUCAACAAACAACAUUCCCUCAGAAUAUUUCUUCAUCAUCAGAUGUAACAGCUUGUCACCUAAACAGAACGAUUUUCAAUGCUGCCCAUUUUUCACAAAGUUCUGUUGCACAAGCAAACCAAGAAGCUACCAGGCGACCAUCAUGUCUGAGAAAUGGAAAUGAUGAAUGGCAGACUCAGCAAAAUAAAAUUAAUUAUUUUGUACCAGGUUUCCAGAGUAAUAAAUCUGGUUCUCUGAAAGCUAGUCAGGAUAUAGAAUUGAAUAAAGUUAGAGAGUGGUCAUCUCAAGCAAUGGGCUGCUUAAAAUAUGAAGAAGAUCAAACUAAACAGAAAUCAUCAAACAAGCAGGAAGUAGGUAUAAAACUGGAGAUUUCCAAAGAUGACAGAGAAAUAAUUAGCAUAACAGAUGAUGACACAGAUGAUGAGAACAUUAAUAUUGGAUAUGUUUCUACAUCAGAGAGCAGAAAGGAGGGAACACAACAAACAAAAGGAGAAGCCAGCUGUAGUAAAUCUGGUAUUGACUCUCCUCAUUCAAGCAAGUAUGAUACCCCAUUGAACCGAGAACAGACUGCUUCAAAUUUGAAAACAGCAGAAGAUAUAGAUGUCCACAAAGAAGUUGGAAAUCACUUUAAAGUCACGUGUGACAGCAGUUCCCUUGAUCCUUCAGGAGGUUUUACAAAACUAAGAAACUCUGUACUUGUCAGGGGUUACUCCCAGAAGACCCCUAGUUUAGAACCCUUGUCGGUACAACAGAACUAUGCAAGUCUUCAUAAAGACUAUCUUUAUGGAGGCCAUUCUUACGUCCAUCCCAUGGGCCAUGUUUUUUAUGUCACUACGCCCCACAGACAAUCUCCUUUUCAGUUACAUCAGCAUGUACCUCAACAACAUACAGUAUCCAGUCAUAACCAUGUACCUCAACAGCAUACUGCAACCAGUCAAAGCCAAGUUACUUAUAUUCAGCAGCCAUCCUUUCUGCAAAAUAGAACUUCUCCUGUAAACCAUGCUCUCUCUGCUAGUCAGUUACCAGUGAUGUUUUCACAGAAGCAGGAUAAUCUUAGGGAAGCUUAUCAAAGAGCCAUAAGACUGUCAGCAUCUGAACAAGAAAUCCAGCAUCAAAGACUUAAUCUGCGAAACAGUUUGUCACACACUGGUAGUGACAGUUUACAAAACUUUAAUGAAAAACCUGUCUCUGAUCAACCAGUUGUGAAUAUUGCUAAGGCCUCACAUAAGCAAAGCAGACAAUUUGACAUGUCAGAGGCUGAAAGUUUAACUUUAGCAAAGAGAAUAAAACUACCAAAUUUUGCUCCAAACCCUUGCCCUUCUGUUAAUUUUACUGGACAACAGAAACCAGCCACACUUGAAUCCACCUCAGUAUCAUAUCAUAAUAUAAACAACUUUCAUAAAAUUCAUCGUCCUGAACCCGAGUUUCAUUUUCAUUCUGUAAUAACUUCAGCACCUCGAAACAGGCUUCCAUUUCAAGAGGACCAGGCCCCUAAUAAGGAACAGUAUCGCAGCACAGUCAUUGCUCGGAGACCACAUGCCACCUGCCAUGAGCUGCUGUAUGAAAUGGGAAGGUUGGCAGCUACAUCACAAGAGAAGAAACAGCUUGAGAGUAACAGUGAAAUUAGUAAUCUUAAAUCACAAGACAACACAGUAAUUUCUGCUUACCACAAUAAGGUUUAAUUUUAUGAAUAAACAUGGAAAAUAUGAAGUUCAGACAUUGCAGUGUGGAAGAAGAUGAAUGCUGUACAGUUUUUCUAUGACCAAGAAGCUUCUGUAUCCAGAGACUUCAUUCUGACAGAUUUUUGUAUUCUUUAAGGAAUAAGUAUGUAUCAUUGUACUGUAUGUAAUGUUAUGUCAUAUGUCAAAAUGGUCUUGGAAAUUUUGUUUACAUGAGUUAAUGACAUUUCUGCCAUUAUGUAUUAUUUGUUAAAAAGCAUGUUAAAUGUUUAUUUUAAUAAAGAAGUUUCUGAAAGUGUA